AUGAGCGCCGCGCGUUAUCUGGCAGCCUGUGGGCGACUGGGGGGGCGGGCGGGCGGGGAGCCUACAUGCUGGCACGUGCGAACUUCGUCCCCUUUCCCUCCUCCACCAAAGGCGAGGGAGGAAAAGGGCGGCGGGGCACGUCCGCCGGGGUCUGCCCGAGCCCCCAGAGGCCGGCGGGCGGGCGGGCAGGCGGGCGAGCAGGCAGACGCUGCAGCUGCCGCCGCUCUCCGGAGGGAGACGGCGCAGUGCUCGGGCGCCGCGCGGGGGGCUCUCCUGGCCGGCUGGCCUGGAAACAGAUCGGGCGCCGACCGUCAGCUGACGGGGCGGGCGCGUCUCGGCGUCGGAGGAGCCCGCCUCGUUUCGGUCGGCUGGGAAGGCGCCGGAGUGGAGGAGAGCGGAGAGCCCCGCGCAGGUAUUCCGCUCCCGCGCCGCCGGCGGCCGGGAGGGCGGGGCUCCGGGGCGGAGGCGGGCCCCCCGCGCGAUCUCCCGGGGCUCCGGGUCCCGGGUUGCCCCGGCGGCGGGGCUGCCUCUCGAAGAAGAACCCCGCGGGGGGAGGGGGCGGCGCCCGGGCGGCCGAACCGAGCGCUGCCCGCGGAGCGUGCGGGACGGCGCGGAGGUCUGGCCGGGAGCGCUCGGCAGGAGGCGCCUCCCCGGCUUCGCGGGCCGGGCUCACCGGGCGGCGCCCGCGCUGGGCGAAACGGGCCGGCCGACUCGGUCUGGACGCGCCGGCCGUGUUUGGCGCGGAAGCCCCGCCCGAGACCCCCAGCCGGCGCCCGGCGCUUCGGGUUGAACCCGGCGGCUUUCCGCUGCAGCUGCGCUUCCCCUAGGCGCCGGGCUGGGAGGGCGGCGGCUCCGCUUUGCCGAUGGGAGACGGCGAACCUGGCCCAUCCGGCGCCCGCCCCAGGAGGUCCGGAUCCGGCUUUUGUCCGGGCCGGACUCCCCUUCCUCCGUGGAUUCCGGAUGGGAAAGAUGGACUGGUCUGCCAACUUCACCUGUUUCUCCGCCACCACUUUGGCAGAGCCCAACUGGACCGAUUCUGGACUCCUGGCCAGCCCCCCUGGCCUGGGUAGACCCUUGUCAGUCUUCAGCGUCCUUGUCCUGACUUUGCUGGCAAUGCUGGGAGUUGCUACCUUCCUUUGGAACCUGCUGGUGCUGGCCACCAUCUUGCGGGUGCGUACCUUCCACAGGGUGCCCCAUAACUUGGUCGCCUCCAUGGCCAUCUCCGAUGUGAUGGUGGCCGCCCUGGUGAUGCCCCUCAGCCUGGUCCAUGAACUGUCAGGCCGUCGCUGGCGGCUGGGGAGGCUACUCUGCCAGAUCUGGAUCUCUUGCGACGUGCUGUGCUGCACAGCCAGCAUCUGGAACGUCACGGCCAUCGCCCUGGACCGCUACUGGUCCAUAACGCGGCACUUGGAGUACACGCUGCAGACCCGCCGGCGCAUUUCCAAUAUUAUGAUCGCUCUGACCUGGCUGCUCUCAUCUGCCAUCUCCUUGGCUCCGCUCCUCUUUGGCUGGGGAGAGACGUACUCCGAGGGCAACGCUGAGUGCCAAGUCAGCCGAGAGCCUUCGUACACCAUCUUCUCGACCUGUGGGGCCUUCUACCUGCCUCUCUGCGUGGUGCUUUUCGUCUACUGGAAAAUCUACAAAGCAGCCAAGUUUCGCAUUGGAUCCCAGAAAAGCAAUUCUAUCACUCCUGGACCCCUAGAGGUCAAGGGGGCUUCCCAGCAUCCACAGAUGGUGUUCACAGUCCGCCAUGCCACAGUGACGUUCCAAACGGAUGGGGACACUUGGCGGGAGCAGAAAGAAAGGAAAGCUGCACUCAUGGUGGGCAUCCUCAUUGGUGUCUUUGUGCUGUGCUGGAUUCCCUUCUUUAUUACUGAACUCAUCAGCUCCCUCUGCUCCUGUGACAUCCCACCAAUCUGCAAAAGCAUUUUUCUUUGGCUGGGGUACUCCAAUUCUUUUUUCAACCCUUUGAUCUAUACAGCGUUCAACAAGAAUUACAACAAUGCCUUUAGGAAUCUAUUCUCCAGACAACAAUAA